AUUUCUGGAACAGCCGGUCCUAAAAGAUGACCCGGGAUCUUUAGCACCAGUUGGAGUAUUGCCUCUACAACCGGCUGCCGGCUAGAUCAGGGUGCACGUUUCAUCAUGAGGCCGGCCUGGGGCAGGAUCUCUCGACAAAACACGAUAGGACCAGUGCUCGGCUCGUACUCUAGCUGGCUGGGGAAAAAACAACUCUAGUGUUCGUAUGGAUUAACUGGGAUUCGAACCACAGAUACCCACCAAGAUGCCGAAGACCAGUGUUAUACCCCCGCCGAUACCGACUUCGCCACCGUCACCGACUUCCCCCUCGGAGAUCGCGAAAGGACUGGGGUCGGCGUCAUCUCCAAAGCUGAAGAUUCGGUUGAGCAACAUGUUGCACAAUGCUACUCAUCAUUCCAAGUCAAAAGGUAAUGGCGGUGAGAUAACAUGGUGCUUUUCUCAAGUUAAAGGUUCAAUCGAAGAAGAAGUUGCUGAAGCUGAUAUCAUAUCUUGUGUUGAGUUCAACAGUGAUGGAGACCUUCUAGCUACUGGUGACAAAGGUGGCAGAGUUGUUAUUUUUCAAAGAGAUAAAGCAAGCAAAAAUGCAGUACCAAGUCGUGGAGAAUAUAAUGUGUACAGCACUUUCCAGUCUCAUGAACCUGAAUUUGACUAUCUUAAAAGUCUUGAAAUUGAAGAGAAGAUCAACAAAAUCAGAUGGCUACAACAAACCAACAGAAAUCAUUUUUUAUUGUCGACAAAUGACAAAACCAUUAAACUAUGGAAAGUAGCUGAACGAAACAAACGCCCAGAAGGGUACAACUUAAAAGAUGAAACAGGCCAAUUUCGCAAUAAAUCUGCAAUCACAUCGCUUAAAGUACCAGUGUUUCAGCCCAUGGAGUUGAUGGUUGAAGCAAGUCCAAAAAGGGUGUUUGCCAAUGCUCAUACAUACCACAUAAAUUCCAUAUCUGUAAAUAGUGACUUGGAAACUUACCUUUCAGCCGAUGAUUUACGGAUAAAUUUGUGGAAUCUUGAAAUAACAGAUCAAAGUUUUAAUAUAGUGGAUAUUAAACCAGCCAAUAUGGAAGAGCUCACCGAAGUAAUAACUGCAGCUGAGUUUCACCCCAAAGAAUGUAAUAUGUUUGUCUAUAGUAGUAGUAAAGGUAGCAUCAGACUGUGUGACAUGAGGGAACAAGCGUUAUGUGACAAGCAUGCAAAGUUGUUCGAAGAGCCAGAAGACCCUACCAAUAGAAGUUUCUUCUCUGAGAUUAUUUCUAGUAUAUCUGAUGUAAAAUUUAGUCAUAGUGGUCGUUAUAUGAUUACUAGAGACUACCUGUCUGUCAAGGUAUGGGAUUUGAAUAUGGAGACCAAACCAGUAGAAACCUAUCAAGUACAUGAGUACCUCAGGAAUAAGCUGUGUUCACUAUAUGAAAAUGACUGCAUUUUUGACAAAUUUGAAUGCUCUUGGAGUGGGGAUGACAAGCACAUCAUGACUGGUUCAUACAAUAAUUUCUUUAGAAUGUUUGAACGUGAAAAUAAAAGAGACUGUACACUUGAAGCAUGUAGAGAAAUAACAAAAUCAAGAACAGUGCUCAAGCCUAGAAAAGUUUCCACUGGUGGGAAAAGAAAGAAGGAUGAAAUAAGUGUAGACUGUUUAGAUUUUAAUAAGAAAAUACUUCACACGGCAUGGCAUCCACUUGAGAACAUUGUUGCAAUAGCUGCCACUAACAAUUUGUAUGUGUUUUCUAGCAAGGAUUAACAUAGGCCAUCGUUAGAUAUAUAGUCCACUGGUUGCCCAGUUGCUGAAAUGCUUAACUGUCCUACCCCCCUCUCAAUAUUCAUCUGGAGCGGGGUGAAGGGGCCAUGUUGUCAUCAGUCUUUCCAAGUGCUGGACCGCUGCUCAAUUCUGGAUCCACUCAUCACUGCUCCAAGUUGUGGCCACUAACAGCCUUCUAACAGAGGAUAUCAGGGAAACAGUCUUGUUGCAAAGGAGUGAUGCGCGUUUGGCCAGAUAUUCAGGUUUGCAUGCAAGAUGUGGACCCAAGUUUAAUGUUGUUGGCUUCUCGUGUACUAAUGACUUUAGACUUGAACCAAUGCAUUCCUGCCUGAUGAUGAUGUGCAUGAAUUGUCUAGUCUUUUUGAAGCAAAAGUUAGUAUCACAUCAUCCAUCAUUUUUUCAGUAUUGUAGUCUAUUAACAAAUGAUAAACAAAGCUGUUUGUGAUAGCUGUCAAACGUUGGACCAUAGAGUGUGGUGUCAUUUUUGGCCGUUGAACAAAGAUGACAUUUGAUUGUAGCAGUCAUAAUGUUGCCCAGCUGUCGUUUCAGUGACUUAAUUCUAGGAUCAUUUAGGCUUGUGAGGUGACAGGUGGAAAGUGGAUAUUACCUUUAAGAAACAAUAAACAAUUGAAAUCAACUUAUGUCCUUGUGCAUUAAAUUGGAACUUGUGUACAUGUAAGGUUGACUAGGAUAAAAUAUGUUCUGGUUAUUACAACUGUACCUGAUCACACAUAUGUUUAGUUGUAAGGGUACAUUUUAUUGUGUCAGGGUUUGCUGUCAUAGAAUGUUAUAUGUUUACUACAACCCAUUUUAUAUUGUCUUUCCCCUUUCCCAAGUCAAGUAAACAUGGAACAUACAUUUUGUCAACUUGUUGAAGGUUCUUUGUUGAUGUUAUCAAAUCCCAGUACAUAUUUGUAUUGUUUAAAUGGUUGCUAAUUUACUCAUUAAUUGUAAUUAUGCUGUACAUGUAAAAGUCACAGAUUCUUUCCAAAUUUGUUUUUCUACGGAAAGUAUUUGGGAUAUACAAGAUUAAAUUUGGUGAGCACAGCUUUGUUGUUUUGACUUUUUAUCCCAUUUGUCUUAGUUUUUUUUUUGUUCAAUUAAUUUCUAUUGCUAGAACUAAAUAUUAUGUUAAUUUUUACCCUGGGAAGAUGAUAGUAUCUGUGCUAACAUUUAAAGACAUCUGCUAAAACAAUUUUCAGAGAUCAACAGACCUAGUCAUUUGCUUAAAUAAAUAACACAUUCUAUCAUGUUAUUGAGGAAGUGAGGUUGAACUGUCUGAAUCUGAUUUUUUAGUAGAAUGUAUUGAAAUUGAUUGCAUUGCAUAUUUGCAGCUUAGAAGUUGUGUGUGCAUUAAUUAAACUGCACUUAAUUACCACUGUUUUAGUUCUGCCCUCUUAAUUUUUUUCCAAUAGAUCUUAAUUUUUAUUUAGUAUUACUACUUAAAGAAAUGUUUAUGAAAAAUGCUUGAUUACUAGGGGUGUACUUUGUCAAAACCUUGUUGGGAAAAUUCACACUGUGCCAUCCAUAAUAAUUAUGGAAGAUAAAACAAAAAUGCCUGCAAACAUUCCAGUUUGUUGUUAGGACCAAAGAUAAUUUUGUGAUUUAGAUAAUCAGAGACUGUCUUUACUAGUGGUUUGAUUGAUGUACUGCAUUUGUACACCAAACACUUUGAACUAGGAUUACUCUUCUUGCUCUGUUACUGAAUAUGUUGAAGUAACAAUAUGACGCUAACAAGUAAGGUAACUAGAACAGAAAUGGAAGUAGUUGCGCUGCUUCAUCUUUAUACAAAAUCAUUAGGAAAUUUUUACUUUUAUUGUUCGUCUUAUUUUGCUUCUGAGAAUGAAAUGAAAAGACCAUUUAAUUGUAACCUUUAUUUGGCAACUGGAUAUUCUGUUUAUCUUGAUUGUAGUUUGGCUUGAUUUGGCGCAAUAGUUAAUGUUAAUUGGAAUAUGUGAUGGUAUCUUGUAAGAAAGGAUAUGUUGUCAACACCUAAAGUUCCCACCAAUUAUCAGCAACCUAUGUUGUAUGUGCUGUUACUUGUGCAAUUCAUUGUCAAUGGAAUGAAAUCACCAGUUUUGAUAUGUUAAAUGAUUAAAGUAUAUUUUUGAAAUGUUA